AUGGCCGAGUGGUAUGCACGCCAAGGGUACGAUGCCGGCAAAUACAAGUGCCUCCUGUGCCCCUUGUCAGCACAGAACGCCUGCGUGCACUCCACCCACUCCUCCGCCUGCUUCUACGCCCACACCGCCUUGGAGCUGCGGCACGACGUGUCGACUUGGGCGGACCGCUGGCGGCUGCAGCAGACGGUUCGCGUUAUUCACGAGCUGCCUGAAGGGUCCACCUGGGCCGACAUGGAGCACCGCACGCAGCCCUGCAUCGAGUUUUUGCAAACAGGCACGUGCCCCGCCGGUCACGGCUGCCGGCGCGCUCAUUCGCUUGCCCAGCUGCAGCCGCGCCCCGUGCCCGCCCCGCAACUGCGCGCCGCGCUGGAGCAGCAGGGCUGGGCGCUGCCGCCGGCACUUGGUGAGCUCGGGGAGCAGCAGCAGGAGCUGCCGCUGCCGUUGCCCGCAGCGCAGCAGUACGGGGCCUGGCAGGCGGCGUGUGAGGUCAGCGCCACGGCGGCAAUGGCAGCAGAUGCUGGCAGGCGGGCUCUUGCCCUUGCCGCCAAGCACCCUGCGCACCCUGCACCCGCCAGCGGCAGCCCGGCCGCUGGCGCCAAGCGCGAGGCGGCCCAGGAGCCCGCAGGCCUGGCAACAACACCCAAGCGCCAGCGCAGCGACGGUCUGGGCUGCGCCCUGGCUCACCCGGCGGCGCAGUGCAACGGGGCAGCAGCAGAAACGGCACCUCCAGCUGCGUCUGAUGCGGCCCAGGCGGCGCCUGUCGAGCCUUCAGGCACCCGGCAGAGCUCUCCCGGCACCCGUGAGGGCCACAGCACAAGGGAGGACGGCCAGCAGCUGCCGCAGCAGCCGCCGCAGCCGCCACAGGAGCAUGGCAGUGCCCAGCAGCCGGCUUCACCACUGAAGCAAGGCGCGCAGCCGGCGUCACCACGGCAGCCACCAUCGCCCUCGCUGGUCGGCCGGGUGUCCAACCUGGAGGCCAGGCUGGGGUUGGCUCAUUCGGAGCUGCAGCAGCGCGGCGAGGCGCUACUGAACUUGCAGCAGGAUCUGCAGGCAAGCUGGGGGCAUGCGGCGCAGGCGGCGCGCGGGCGCCUGCAGGCUGAGCUGGUGGCGCUCAAGGAGCAGCACGCCGUGCUGCAGGGCGACUACGAUGCCAAGGACAGGGACUGGGCGGAGCUGCAGGGCAGGACGCAGCAGGCGGAGGCGGCAGAGGCGGCCGCCGACGCGCGAGCAGCUGGCGCGGAGCGGGAGCGGGAGGCGGCGGCUCGCGAGGUGCAACGCAUGCAGGCUCGGCUGCGGGUGGUGGAGGAGGCGACCCGGGCGGUGCAGGCAGGCGCGCGGCAGGCGCUGGGCGCCGCGGAGCCGAGCCGUCUGCGCGGGGAGCUGGCGCUUGCGCUGAAGGAGCAGGAAGCCCUGGAGCGGCAGGUGGCGCAGAGGGACGCGUCGCUGGCGGCCGCCGCCGGCGAGCUGGCUCGCCGAGAGGAGGAGGCGGAGCGGGCGCGGCGGGAGGCGGCCGCGGCGGCACAGCAGGCGCAGCAGGCGGUGCAGGAGCUGGAGACAGCGGCGCAGGAGGCGCGGCAGCUGGCGGCGGUGCGGGGCGAGGCGGUGGGGGUGCUGCAGGAGCAGCUGGCGACAGCCAACAUGCGCUGCCAGCAGCUGGAGAGCAGCGCCGCCAGGCAACAGGCAGCAGCCGGCGUCCCAGCUGCUCCUGCGCCGGCAGCAGCCCUGUCGGCGCACCAGCAGCAGGUGCAGCAAGCCGCUUCGCCGGCCCCGCCGCCGGGCAGCAUCGCGCUGGGGAGCAGCGGCAGCGGCGGCGGCGAUGCGACCGGCAGCAACUUGGAGGGGCUGCAGCGGGAGGUGGCCAAGAGGGACAAGAAGCUCGCUCUCAUGACGGCAGCGCUGAGGCGAGACACGGAGAAGCACAAGCGGCAGGUGGCGGAGCUGCAGGCGCAGCUGGCAGCGGCGACGGCGGCUGCCGGAAGGCCCAGCACUAGUGCGAGCACCCCGCAGGGGUCUGCCUUGCAGCAGGACAAGCGUCAGCACCCCGAAGUUGCGACCACCGGAGGAGUGGCGCCUCCACCCCAGCCGGCAGCGUGGCAAGAGCUGCAGGAGCCAGCGGGCGCCGCAGAGGCCGCCGCCACAGCUUCCCAGCAGGAGCAGGCCACGCUGCAGCAGCAUGUUGCAAAGCUGGAGGCUGCAGCUGCAGGCGCCGUCGCUGUUCAUCAUCAAGGCAGCCAGCAAGUGGGGGCCCUGCUGGCAAAACUUGCCGCAGCUGACAGGGCUGCUGCCAGCGCAGAGGCAGCUGCCGCAGAGGCCUGCGGAGGUGCCGACAAGCUGACCCUUCAGCUUGCAGCCAAGGAGCAGGAGCUGCAGGAGGCACGGCGCGCGGCUGCCCCGGCGCAGCAGCAGGUGGAGGAGUUGGCGCGGCAGCUGGAGGCGCACACGGCGGCGGCGGAGGAGCAGCGGCAGUACGCGGAGACCGCCGAGGCCGAUGCCGGCGAGCUGCGGCAGCGGCUGGCCAAAGCCGAGGAGCGGCUCAAGGCGAGGAGGGCGCUGCCUGGGGCAGCGCAGGGCGCCCUCCGGCAACGGCCUCCACUCACCUUGCACAAACGCUGCCUCCCUGGACAUCUGCAGAACGCCAACGACGACAAAAAGUAUCUGAGGGAGGAGCUGGCGGCGGCGAGGCGGGAGCUGGAUGAGCUGGCGGUGCUGCGCGGCGCCCUCCCAGGGCCUGUGCCGCCCGGCUUCGACCACCUGCCGCCCCUGCCGCCGUCCCCGCCGCCGCCGCCGCCACCGGCGCCCGGCUUGCCUGUGGGGUGGCUGCCGCCUGCGCUGUGGGACCAUGUGGAGCAUGUGGCGCGGGCAACGCGGGGGGCAGUGCUGCCAGAGCACUUUGAGAGGCCGCGAGUGCAGGAGCUGCUGCUGAGCAUGAGCGAGCCGCAGCAGCGCGGCUUCCUGGAUCUGCUUGUCAGGGAGGGGGCCAGGCGGCCGGUGAGCGACCCUGUCCGGUUCAUCGUAGCUUGGGCCCAGGACUUUCUGGCGCGCCGCCGCCUGACACGGCGAGUGGGCCUCCGCCCAGCCAGCGGCGGCGGCGGCGGUGGCGGCGACGGAGGUGGGGCUGAGGCACCCCUGUCCUUGGACGAUGAGGCGUACAGUGAGGCUGCCAGGCGCAUAGGCUUCCGCCUUUUCAGCAACCUCCACCCAGAAACACUGAAGCACGAGCCGGGCACGGUGUGGGGCGCGGCGGCGCUAGUCACGGGCACCACUGUCGGAGCUGGCAUCCUUGCGCUGCCGGCGGUGACUGCGCCCUCCGGUUUCAUCGCCUCCUCCGCGGCCCUCUCCGCCUUCUGCGCCUUCAGCAUUCGUGAGCCUGGAACCAUGGAGCUAGUGACGGGGCUGCUGGUGGCAGAGGUCAACAUCAACACUCUGUGCGAGCUUGGCGCUGGCAGAGGCGUGUCGCUCAGCUCCAUGGCGCGUCGCACGCUGGGCGAUGGCGGUGCCGCCGUCGUGUCGGCCACCUACCUCCUCAUCCACUACGCUCUGCUGGUGGCAUACAUUUCCAAGGCGGGGGAAACCCUGGACAGGGUUGCUGGGCUGCCUGUGCCGCUGGGCGACGCCGCCUUUGGGGCGGCGGUAGGCGGCCUGUGCUUUGCCGCGCGCCCGGCCACGCUGAACCGCGUCAACACGUUCUUGGUCGGAGUGUUUGUGGCGAGCUUCCUGGGCCUGGUCAGCGUGGCGGCCGUGGACAUGCGCCCGCAGCAGCUGGCUGUGGCCCACUGGGAGGCUGUUCCGGAUGCGCUGCCUGUCGUGGCUCUGGCCUACGUCUAUCAAAACGUCGUGCCCGUCAUCACGACCAGCUUGGAGGGGGAUGUGGCCAAGAUCAGGCAGGCAGUGAUUGUGGGCGUCGCCGUGCCUUGGUUGAUGUUCGAGUGCUGGCUGGCCGCUGUGCUGGGCAGCGCUACCGCCAGCAGCAGCAGCAUUGGAGGAGGGGGAGGGCCAGGGGACGCGGGGCUGGCGGCCGCAGCAGCAGGGGCCGCAGAUGCAGCUGCAGCGGCGGCGGCGGCGGCGGCGGCGGCGGCUGACCCGCUGGCGCAGCUGCGGGAUGCCGGGGGCCCGCUGGUCACGCCGCUCAUCGACUCCUUCACCUUUUUGGCGGUGGCUACCUCGGCCAUCGGCUUCAUCCUGGGACUGUCAGACUUCAUGGCAGAUGCGCUGCAGGCGAGGCCAUGA